UCCCGGGAGGGGAAACGCACGAGAUCCUCCAGCCUUACCAUCCGGUCAAGCUUCGCCCUCGUCUCAUCCACCCCCUCCAUGGGACGCUGUGGAGGAGACGAGGACGAAGACGUCCUCAAGCAACUCCUCGCCCCUAUCUCCGACCUUGACCUUAACCCUGAUCUAUCUCUCUCCUCCUCGUCCUCCUACUCCGAAGGGUUGCUCUCCCCCAUGAACUCCAACUUCUCGGCCCUCGGCUCCCCGGAUCUCCUCCGGGCGAUCCUGGAGCUACUGCCGCCGGGCGAUCUGGCCCGAUCGGCGUGCGUCUGCCGAAUGUGGCGCGCCGUUGCAUCAGAUCGCGAGAUGAAGGAGUGGGCCUUCCGGGAGCCCUGGAAGGUGCGUCGGGUCCUCGGCGAGCCGUCCUCCGUCGCCUUCUGGCGUCACCCCGGCCUCGACCGCUUCGCUAUCUCCCACCGCCUCCGUCGCGGCGAUACCGUCCCCGGCCUCGCCCUGAGGUACUCCGUCCAGGUUAUGGACAUCAGACGAUUAAACAAUAUGAUGAGUGACCAUGGUAUAUACUCGAGGGAGAGACUGCUGAUCCCCAUUAGCAAACCAGAGCUUCUUCUUCACAGCACCUGCUACAUUGAGUUGGAUGAACAUGCAAAAAGAGAAGUCGCGGUGCUGUAUCUGGAAGGCGGUCCUGAUGGAAAAGCUGGCUAUCCAGCAAACAGGACAAUUACCGAGAGAGGCAAAAGGAAAAUUUUCAAUUCCGUGAAGCGAAGCAUGCAAGUGGAUGAUGGAACUGCAGAAUACUACCUGUCUGUUUCGGAUGGUGAUCCGAGGGCUGCCAUGCUGCAGUUCACGGAGGAUCUUAGGUGGGAACAGCAAAACAGAGAUGAAUGAGUGCUGGAGUCAAGAUGAUGUGCUUCAUUUAUGGAGUUUGACUCUAUCGGCUGAAAUGUACCUACACAAACUUUACAUCAAAAAUUAAUCACGAAACCGUAUAUAUUCAACUGUGAAAUGGUAUAAAUUAGUCACAGCUAUGAGCUUGUAAUAAACAUUUGGAAUUUAAGCUCUCCAGGGUUCUCCUGCAAAUGAGAUGCGUAUCUGUAUCAUGUUUAUUAUCGAAGAUGGCAGUGACCGAGUAACCAAAUAUGAAUUUAAUCUUAUUUUGUGUAUCA